UUUUACAAUGCCCAAUGUCAAUGGAGACCCACUACAGGUGUUGGCUAUAACAUUUUCCACAAUACAAAAAGACACCUACUUAAAGAACCCAGUUCAACAUCUUGCAGAGGUUUUUGGGAGAAGAGGUGGAUUCGAAUCGUUAAAGGUCGAGCCUUUUUACUAGGAUUUGGACCAUUUGGUGUUUGUGGGUUUUUAGUGGACGAAAGAGCAUUGAUGUUUGGAGUGAGUUGUGGGUUUGGUGCAAAGAGUUGUAUUUAUAUGCUGGCUUCUUCAGCUGUGUUGAGAAGGCAACAGUUGGUGAUAAGGUGUAUUGGAGUUGGGGGAUACAGUGAUCACAACAUUGACAGUGAUAAGAAAACAAUGCAAGGAGUUGGGUUCAGUAGUGGAGCAGCUUUGGAGGCUGAUGCUGAGAAUGUUCUGAGGGCAAUCACACCGACCCUUGAUCCGAAUAGGCACAAGGGUCAGGCUGGAAAGGUAGCUGUCAUUGGCGGGUGCCGUGAGUACACGGGUGCUCCAUAUUUUGCUGCUAUUUCAGCAUUGAAGAUUGGUGCAGAUCUAUCCCAUGUUUUCUGUACAAGAGAUGCUGCUUCAGUUAUAAAAAGCUACAGUCCUGAGUUGAUCGUACACCCAAUAUUAGAGGAGUCAUACAGUGUUAGGGACGAGGACAAGAGCUUUAUCUUAGAAAAGGUUCUUGGUGAAGUUGAUAAGUGGAUGGAAAGAUUUGAUUGUCUUGUCAUUGGUCCAGGCCUGGGAAGGGACCCUUUUCUUCUGGAUUGUGUCAGCGAAAUUAUAAAGCAUGCAAGACAGUCCAAUGUUCCAAUAGUCAUAGAUGGGGAUGGACUCUUUCUUAUUACAAACUGUCUUGAUCUUGUAAGUGGAUAUCACCUGGCUGUCCUGACUCCAAAUGUAAAUGAAUACAAGCGACUUGUAGAAAAAGUUUUGAGUUGUGAAGUAAAUGACGAAGAUGCACGUGAACAAUUACUAUCUCUUGCAAAAAGGAUUGGUGGUGUAACUAUACUUAGGAAAGGAAAAGCUGACCUCAUUAGUGAUGGUCAGACAGUUAAAUCAGUCAGCAUAUAUGGUUCUCCUCGAAGAUGUGGUGGACAGGGAGAUAUACUUUCUGGAAGUGUUGCUGUCUUUCUUUCAUGGGCCCGACAAACUAUCACAGUUGAGGAUUUGAAUAUCAGUUCUCGAAACCCCACGAUGUUGGGUUGCAUUGCUGGUUCUAUCUUAAUGAGGAAGGCUGCAUCCCUUGCUUUUGAGAAUAAGAAAAGGUCAACCCUCACUACUGACAUCAUAGAAUGCUUGGGAAAAAGUUUGCAGGAUAUUUGUCCAGUUCCCUGAUGCUUUUGAUCUUCAGCUGAUAGAGUUGCAUGCAUUGACAUUCAGAGUGACCCUCAAGUUCAUUUCUGAAGACCAGGAUCAGAUUAACUUAAUUUCCUUCACCAUUUCCAAGCUUGUUGAACUUUUUUUUUUUUUUUGGUUACUUGUUUGGUGGAAACAACUUCUCUGGUAUAUAGAAGUCUGGCUUGCUGCUUUCAUUAUCACAAAAUGAAUGAGUGACAUUAUGAGGGUGAUAUCUUCAUUGACCUCUAACUCUAUGCCACAUUUCAUGAUCAGGGAGCAUGUGGAUAGACUAGUUAUACAGAUGGUAUAUCUUCUAAAGUUAUAAUAGUGAAAGCACUUAAGUAAUUCGCAGGUUUAAUAGAUUUCUUC